UUUAACAAAUAGUUAAAUAUCCGUCUGCAUCUGAAUCAUCCAAAUAACAAUGAAAAAGAUGGUGUUUCCUUUAGUUGCCUCAUCAUAGAUCGAUUAUCGUUAACGGCAAUAUGCUUCAACCAUUAUUUCGAUACUGCAGCUUAUCGAUUAUAUCGAUUACGUUCUCAUUCAUUCGUUUUUGUUCGAGGAAGCAAAGCAGAACGCAGAACAAAAGCAUCAAGAUUCAAGAGUCUUUAUAAUUUUCUGAAAAAAUCAGCAUCCAGGUCGAGUGCAUAAGUUUUGCUUUGAUACAAAAAUAGCUUCGCUCCUCGUUUUUGGUUUUGCAGUACCCUCAGGCUAUAAAUAGCGGGUGCGUUUCGUUCGUAGCAAACAAAAGUUGAAACAGAUAAACGACGAUGCCAAACAUCAAGCUUCAGUCGUCGGACGGAGAGGUGUUCGACACCGACGUUCAAAUUGCGAAAUGCUCCGGAACGAUCAAAACGAUGUUGGAGGAUCUGGGCAUGGACGAGGGUGAAGAUGAGGUUGUUCCGUUGCCGAACGUAAACUCAGCCAUUCUACGCAAGGUAUUGCAGUGGGCCACCUAUCACAAAGACGAUCCUGCUCCGGCUGAGGACGAUGAAAACAAAGAGAAACGGACGGACGACAUUAGCUCGUGGGAUGCCGAUUUUCUCAAGGUCGAUCAGGGAACGCUAUUCGAACUGAUUCUGGCGGCCAACUACCUGGACAUCAAGGGGCUUUUGGAUGUAACCUGCAAAACGGUAGCAAAUAUGAUCAAAGGCAAGACACCGGAGGAGAUUCGGAAGACAUUCAACAUCAAAAAUGACUUCACCCCAGCUGAGGAAGAACAGGUACGCAAAGAGAACGAAUGGUGCGAGGAGAAGUAAAUGUCAGAUUUUUUAUUUGCUAUGUUAACUUAACAACUCAACAUCCCGAUUACAACCACCUCCGUUUUAAAAAUCUAAAAAUUUGAAUAAUACUAGAAGCACAGCUCACACCACUCAAGCUUUGUUUCGACUAGAUGAGAAUGAUUGAACUAACAGUGUAAACAUUGUAAUGAUCUCUCGAUCGAAUUAGUCACCCAUUUGAUUUUACCAACAUUUUCACUGUGACAUACGAAAAUCGAUAUUUGAUAUUUACGAAUACUUCUGAUUAACUACAAAAAAAAAUGCUUCAUUUCUCUUCUGUUGUUAGACACAAAUGGAUUUACAAUAAACAGUAGAUUUAAUCAUUAUUCGA